AUGUUCCAGACUGUGCUCAACGCCGUUGACGUCCUCGACCUUGAAGACGAAGGUUCAGCGUGGUUGCGUACUCCACCCCCCAUUGGAACUGGCGUGUCUGCCGUAAGAUCCCAAGGUUUCCUGGACCAUACGCGACCGAACGACCUCCCGGACGAUCAGGUCUGGGACUGGGCUGGCGUCGCAGGCCCGUGGGCUGGCACUUAUGCCUAUCUCGAUUACGCAGACUGGCUACGACUGAACCAUCCUGGGAUGCUCGCGAUGGAAUCUUCACUGCCUCGCUUGGACCUCACGACGUAUGGCGAGGCCGUGGGGGACCUGAUCAACCUUUACGCAAUCGUCGAUGCAGGGCCCGAGGAUGCAGACGCCGCUUGCUCCGCCAUAGAGGGCGAGAGUGUAGUACUGCCUCGAAUCGAGACGUCCUUGGAAACCUCAGCCCUGUAUCCACCGCUGUACUUCCACUCUGAGCAGAGGUUGACCGGUCACAUGGCUCAGCGAGGCUUUAUCCGGGGAGUAGCUCGGGUUACGCCAGACGAUCCUCCGGAGGUUAGAUGGACGAUCAUCAUCCGCUACGGGGGCGAGGACCGGUGGCGCAUGGAAGGUGUCCAAGUUGGCGGCAGGGGCAGCAAGCGCGGCUUCUUUGGCACGUGGACGGAUGCUGCAAAGGAGCUAUACUCACCGAAUGGACCAGUCUGGUUCUGGCAUCUCUGA